AUGAUAUUCCCAGAGAGCUGGGGGCCCCCGCCCGCAUUUUCAGCAAUAUGCGUCGGACCAGAAGGUGCCCCGCAGCGCAUACACCUCAGGCCAUCCUCUGACGCUUCUAAUUUUGUGCAGAACGACUCCGCUGCAGAGGCCAGCAGUGUUGUCUCGAAAGAAAACCGAACUCAGGCCUCUGUUGGCGACAAGGCCUCGGUGCUUUACAUUGUGGAGGGGUCUCCCACAGCCAGCAGCAAUGCGUUGGUGCUUGCCUCGGUCACAAGGUGGAAUAUACUUAAGAAUACUCACGACGGAUUGCGCACUCCUGCGCACCAGCAUCAGUUGUUCGUUUCCUCCUCUGGAGCUUCUCCAUUAGCAGCUGCUCCUUCUUCUGAGGCAACAGAGCCAGCUAGUUCAGUAGCUGCCAAAGUGGGCGCAGAAAACAGGACGCAGACGGACUCUCAAGCUGUGCGCAGCUUUUGCCUUCUGGAGGGCCGGGCUCUUUGUUUGGCGGCCGCUUGGAAGCUCUUCCCCAAGAUCUGCUGUUCUUGUCAGGGGAUAGUGACAGGCUUAAAGGAAAGGAAAGAAUCCGGAACAGAAGAAGAGCAAGGAGCACGGGAGCAUCGACAAAGGGAAACAAGCGUUGGUAAAACACAGAAGACAGCUGACAUACCAGGAGUUAAAUUCAAUGCCAUCCUCUGCUCCGAAGGAACUUACAGACAAGAGGCUUUUGAACCUCUUGCAAACGUAUUGGAGAAAUUCCUGCACACAGAUGGCGUUGCGCUCGUCGCGUCCAAGAGAUACUACUUCGGGGUUGGUGGUGGAUCGUUGGCUUUCAUGGCGUUCCUGUGCGAGAAGUAUUCAACAAAGCUUUCAGUUGAAGUGGCAGCCUCGUUCAGAAGCCCCAACUCGAGCAAUUUUAGAGAUAUCUUGUUAGUUAGAAUUAAAACCCCACCCCACGCGUAA